AUGUGCUGCUCCCCUUGCUGCCAGCCCACCUGCUGUGGGUCCAGCUGUGGCGGGUCCGGUUGCUGCUGCCAGCCUUGCUGCCGCCCAACCUGCUGUCAGACCACCUGCUGCAGGACCACCUGCUGCCAGCCCUGCUGCCGUCCUUGCUGUGUGUCCAGCUGCUGCCAGCCCUGCUGCUGUAGCACCCCUUGCUGCCAGCCCAGCUGCUGUGGGUCCAGCUGCUGUGGGUCCAGCUGCUGCCAGCCAGUUUCCUGUUGUCCUGUGUACGUCCACAGAACCUGCUACUACCCCACCUGCUGCUGUGUGCCUGGGUGCAUAGCCUAUGACUGUGGAUCUGGCUGUGGCCAGCCCUGCUGCUGCUGA